CCGCGCCCGCACCGCGCCGAGCAGACGCAGGAGCGCCGCGGCGGCGGCGGGCGGGCGGGCGGCGGCUCCUGCGGGCGAGCGCGCUCGCUCCCUCCAUGCGCGGUGCGCGGCCAGCCGCGGGGCUUGCGCAGCGCGGCGGCGGAGCGGUGAGCGGCGGCAGCAUGCGGCCGGGGGAUGUCUGAGGCGGGCGGUGCGGCGGCGGCCGCGCUGCCCCGGCGCCGCGCCGGAGGCAUGCGGGCGGCCUGGGGCUCCGUCUGGUGCCUGUGCCUGGCGGCGGCCGUCGGUGGGAUGCCGUCGGCGCGGCGGGGCGGCGGCGCGGCGGCGGAGAGGAGCGGCGGGCAGCCGGCAGAAUACUUGAGGAGCGAGACCGCCUUUCUGGAAGAGUUGGUGUUUGGAAGUGGAGAUACCAUUGAACUUUCUUGUAACACCCAAGGCUCUUCUGUGUCUGUUUUCUGGUUUAAAGAUGGUAUCGGGAUUGUACCUACCAACAGAACUCAUAUUGGACAAAAACUGUUGAAGAUAAUCAAUGUGUCAUAUGAUGACUCGGGGCUGUACAGUUGCAAGCCAAGGCAUUCCAAUGAGGUCCUGGGAAACUUUACAGUCAGAGUUACAGAUUCCCCUUCGUCUGGUGAUGAUGAAGAUGAUGACGAUGAGUCAGAAGACACAGGUGUUCCCUUCUGGACCCGGCCAGAUAAGAUGGAGAAGAAGCUGCUGGCAGUUCCUGCUGCCAACACUGUUCGCUUCCGAUGUCCUGCGGGUGGAAACCCAACUCCUUCCAUCUACUGGCUGAAAAAUGGCAAGGAGUUCAAAGGAGAGCAUAGGAUUGGGGGCAUCAAGUUGCGACACCAGCAGUGGAGCUUGGUGAUGGAGAGUGUCGUGCCAUCAGAUCGAGGAAAUUACACCUGUGUUGUGGAGAACAAAUAUGGAAACAUUAGGCACACAUACCAGCUUGACGUUUUAGAAAGGUCACCCCACCGACCAAUCCUGCAGGCAGGGCUCCCUGCCAACCAGACCGUGGUGGUAGGGAGCAAUGUGGAGUUUCAUUGCAAGGUCUACAGUGAUGCCCAGCCUCACAUCCAGUGGCUGAAACACGUGGAAGUCAACGGCAGCAAAUACGGACCCGAUGGGACGCCCUAUGUCACGGUGCUGAAGUCUUGGAUCAGUAAAAACGCUGAAGCCGAUGCUAACCUAAAUCUGUUCAAUGUGACAGAACAAGAUGAAGGAGAAUAUCUGUGUAGAGCCAACAAUUUCGUAGGCAUAGCCGAAAAACCCUUUUGGCUCCACAUUCGCAAACCAAAACCAGCGGAGGAGCUCAUGGAAAUGGAUGAUUCAGGCUCAGUGUACACUGGCAUUCUCAGUUACGGCACUGGCUUUGGUCUCUUCGUUGUGGUGCUGAUCAGUGUGACUAUCUACAAGAUGAAAAUGCCAAACAAAAAAGCCAUGAACACCCCCACUGUACAGAAAGUCUCCAAAUUUCCACUCAAGAGACAGCAGGUGUCGUUGGAGUCCAACUCUUCCAUGAAUUCCAACACGCCCCUGGUCCGGAUUACACGUCUCUCUUCCAGCGAUGGGCCGAUGCUGGCCAAUGUCUCUGAGCUGGAACUGCCUCCGGAUCCCAAGUGGGAAUUGGCACGCUCUCGCCUGACCUUGGGAAAACCGCUCGGUGAGGGGUGUUUUGGCCAAGUGGUGAUGGCAGAAGCGAUUGGGAUUGAUAAGGACAAGCCAAACAAAGCCAUCACGGUUGCUGUCAAGAUGUUAAAAGAUGAUGCCACAGACAAGGACCUUUCUGAUCUGGUCUCUGAGAUGGAAAUGAUGAAAAUGAUUGGGAAGCAUAAAAACAUUAUUAACCUCCUUGGUGCCUGCACACAGGAUGGACCACUCUACGUGUUGGUGGAAUAUGCAUCAAAGGGGAAUUUGCGGGAAUACCUCAGGGCACGUCGCCCACCUGGCAUGGACUAUUCCUUCGACACCUGCAAGCUGCCUGAAGAGCAGCUGACAUUUAAAGACCUGGUUUCCUGCGCCUACCAGGUGGCCCGGGGCAUGGAGUACUUGGCAUCUCAGAAGUGCAUUCAUCGCGACUUGGCAGCCAGGAACGUGUUAGUCACUGAAGACAAUGUGAUGAAAAUUGCUGAUUUUGGCCUCGCUAGAGACGUUCACAACAUCGACUAUUACAAGAAAACCACCAAUGGUCGGCUGCCUGUGAAAUGGAUGGCUCCAGAAGCCUUGUUUGACCGGGUCUAUACUCACCAAAGCGAUGUCUGGUCUUUUGGAGUGCUACUAUGGGAGAUCUUCACUUUGGGAGGGUCUCCGUACCCAGGAAUUCCUGUUGAGGAACUCUUCAAACUCUUGAAGGAAGGCCACCGGAUGGACAAACCUGCAAACUGCACCCAUGAUUUGUACAUGAUCAUGCGGGAGUGCUGGCACGCCGUCCCCUCACAACGGCCCACCUUCAAGCAGCUGGUGGAAGACCUGGACAGGGUCCUCACUGUGACAUCCACUGAUGAGUACCUGGACCUCUCAGUGCCCUUUGAGCAGUACUCACCAGCUGGCCAGGACACCCACAGCACCUGCUCCUCGGGGGAUGACUCCGUUUUUGCACAUGACCUGCUGCCUGACGAGCCCUGCCUGCCCAAGCACCCCCCGUGCAAUGGCGUUAUCCGGACGUGAGGACCCCCCAGGCGGACAGGUGGACAGAUGGAUGGAUGGACAGACAGGCAGCAUGCCCAUGGAGGUGCGAAUGUGGGGCGCCGAGGAUGAAACCGUAGUGAAGGAUCUUCCAGUGGAACUGUGUGGUGGUGCCUGGAGAUUUGUGUUGUUGUCAAGCUGUUCAGGGUAAAAAAAAAACCCACAAACCAACAAUUUUUUUUUUUUUUUCUCUCAUUUGCUGUAUAAAAAGUCAAGAAGCACUGUUUGGCCUGAAGGAACUAAUCUCUUGCCAAGAUGAUCUAUCAUCUAUGACUUUUUUUUGGUUUAUUUUUCAUUUUGGGUUGGGGUUUUUUUUUGGUUUGUUUUUUUUUUACUAAGCAGAAUGUUGAACCUGGGGGAUGCUGACCUCCCAGCUCCGUGCUUGCAUUUCGAGUGCCAGAGUAGCCGUUCUGUGCCUGCAAUACGAAGAAGACAAAAAAAAAUAAUCUUCCUUUUUUUAAAAAAAAACAAAAAACACAAACAAGAAAAGUGUAAAGAAUGUAGAAAUUCUUUGCUUAUGCAAUCUGUAUAUGAACCUUUUUGGUGGAGCUGAAAAGCCACGUUGCCUGCAGGGAUUCAUAUAUUUAUAAAAAUAUCUAUAUUUUUGUUGUCGUCGUUUUUAUAGCUUCAUGAUCACACUACCCAGCUACACAGAAGGAAUCCUUUUUGGAAGAAGAAUUAAAAAUCAAGUAAAAUGCAAAUCGUGAUGGAGAAAUGAAAAAAAAAAAAAUAAAAAAGAGUCGAUCAAGUCAUCUGAAAGGGCAGUGCUUUGGCCAGGCUUGGCAGCCACCAGCCCUUGCGCUGGGCUGGGAGCGAUGGGGCCGUGCCAAGAUAGGAGCAGACCCUGGGGCAGGCAGAGACCCAGUGGUGGCCAUGGGGGUUCCCAGGUAGGAGAGCAUCACCCAUCUGAGACUGGUGGGGAACCUGGCUCCUGGGUGCCCACACGACAACUCAAGCCACAUCCUGACCUUUGGGAACAGCCAUUUUGUGGGGAAAAAAAAAUAAUCUCACUUUUGGGGGUUUGCUUGUUUUUGCUUGCAAAGUGUUUUGUGGGAGGGAAGCAGCUCCCCCAUCCACCCCUCGAUGCCAGCGGGUUGGCUCCAUCUACAUGCAGUGACUCGGAGAAAGAAGUUACGGGUACCUGUAGGCAAGAGCCUUUAACUUAUAUCAAAAAGGUUUAUUCCAGAGAAUCUGUGUAUAUAUCUAUAAAUAUAUCCUGUAUAUAUAUAUAUAAAUAUAUAUAUAUAUAUAAAAAAUUAAAUAUAUUAAAAAAAAAGAAUGUAUAAUACUAAUGCAACAUGAAGCAGUACUGAGAGAGAGUCUCAAAAUACGAGCAUUGCAAUCUAGGAUAUACUGAUCUGGGCAAAAGAAAAGAUUGUUUGUUUGUUUUAUAUCUUCACAGUUUUGUUUUAAAAAUUGUACCUUAACAUGUAUAUUUGUAAAGUUAUUUAUAGACAUUAACAUAUCUGUUCAUCGGUUUAAAUAGCGUAGUAGCGUUACUGUAAACUUUAAAUUUCACCGAGCUUAAGGGUGUUUUUUUUAACUUAUUAAAAAAUGGAGAAAAAAUAUAUAUUAAUCAAGUUCUUCUUUUGUGUUUAUGGGAAAUACUGAAAGAAUGUAUAGAUGUACAGUCCUUUAACAAAUUACAUUUAAUGUUAUAAAUAUAUAUAUAUGUAUAUAUAUGUGUGUAUAUAUAUAUGUGUGUGUGUGUGUGUGUGUGUAUGUAUGUACGUAUUCAGUUAAAAAAAUAUUAGUUUAUCCUGGAUUGCAGUAAGAAAAGGUAAGUUUAUUUUUCAGUACAUCAGUGGUUAAAACCAAACAAAUAGCAGCAGAAAGAUGAUUUUUACAUAUUUCAGAAAAUCAGGGCCAAGAAUUCUUCCAUCAGUUUAACCACUGUGCAUUAAGGGGGCGUGGGUGUUUAUUUUUCUAUUUUCAAAUGAAGGUAUUCUUUGUGGUCGAUUUAAUAACAAGUAUGCAGCAAAGUGAAAUGUUGACUUUGGGUGAUGUGGGGUAAUUUUUUUUUCCCCUUUGCCAGUACUGUUGUAUUUUGGGCUUCAGAAAUGCCAUGUGAGCUAACUAGCAAGAAGAGUGACACUGUUUGCAGGAGAGGUGCAACGACUGCGUAUUUCUCUUGCAUCUAACACAUUGGAAAAUGCCAGUGAUGCCUGAUUUUCUGUGUUUAAAAUGCUGUGCUGUUCCUCGAUGUCAGAUAGCUGUUUAAAAGCACACGAGUGAACCAGGGACCUUUAGCAUGGAUCAAGCUGACCGGGGAAGCAGGGGUUUGGACUGGGGGCUUUUUGUGGGUGGGAUUUUUUUGUCCAGAAGACUUUAUCUGCUGCCAUGAAGAGGCAAGGCAAAUUGCAUCCUGAAUUCUUUCUUUCCAUUUUUCUCUGAUGCAUAUUACAUAUCAAUGUUUCAGAAUAACAGGAUGACAGCAUCUCAUUUUAAGAUAUAUUUUUUUUUCCUUCUUAGAGCCACAAAAUCCUAAAAUAAAUAAUUUAUAGUUUGAGAUUACUUCAGUGGAAGUUUGAGAAGGUAGAUUUCUAUAGAUUUUUGUUUUGUUUUGUUGGAAUAAAAAAAGAAUUUUUUGGUAUUUUCUUACAAAUGUCUGCUAAUUGUGUACAUUCCAAGUACUCGAAGCAUUGAGUUUUCCUGUACUGAAAAAAGAAAAUGUACAAAACUGUGCAUGAUUUGAAAUGUUACUAGAUAUUAUAAAUAUAUAUAUAAUUUAUUGAGUUUUUACAAGAUGUAUCUGUUGUAGACUUGUUGACUUUAACAUUUCUUAUUCAAUGCUUAUAUAGUUUUAUAGCCUGGACUAUUAUCUUUAAAAGCUUAAAAAAAUUUAAAAUUCCAAUUUUGUUACAUUUUAUACUGUUGAUGUUACAAUCCACAGGUUUGCAUAGCGUGAUUUUUUCAAUGAGCAACUGUUCAGUUUAUUUUAAUACUGUAUUUCUGUGCCUGACAGCUGCAGCUGUCCAAGGUGUGAGAUGAACACUAAAUAAAACUAUUCUGCUUUUUUGUUAACAUGGAAAACUUACUUUAAAAAAAUAAUAAACAAAUUGUUAAAUUUUGGGGUUUAUUCCCAGUUGUGAGGGUCCUUUACAAAACCAAGUCUUCUAGGCUUUCGGAUUUGUAGUGCCAGGAGGGUUCUUUUUUUACAGCGCUGCUGUGUGAGUCCUGGCCAGCACAGGUUUUAUAUUCAUAAUAAAUAUAUAAUAAUUUUUGUUUAA